UCCUCCUAACUUAUAAUUAAAGUCAAUUAAUUCAUUCAAUUGAAAGCAGCUUCUUUCACAUCUUCAUCUUCUCCCAUUCUCAAAUUCUUAAAAUCUUCAUUAUAGAAAAAAAAAUGGGAAUAAGAGAUUUUCGUAUCAAAAUCAAGGCUUUGAGAGUGAAACUAUCAUGCUUAGGAAAAAGAAGCACAAGAACAAGAAGAAACCAUGAAGCUUCAAGCAAACCUUCAUGGAUGACGCCGAUAUCGCACGGUCAUCAUGUGGUGGAGCAUGAUUUAUUUGAAGGUGAUGAUUAUGAAUUUGAUUCAGUUGUGAUACAAAGAGAGCAAAUUGGAGAGGCUGAAGUCUGGUAUUUUGGAAUUUUUGAUCCUUUGAUUGGAGAUUGUGUUACCAAGUAUUUGCAAUCUAAUUAUUUUGACAAGAAGCUCAAUGAGACUCAUUUGGCAAGAAAAGCCAAAGAAACACUCAAGAAAGCAUACCUAGGUGCAAAAACAAAGAUAAGAGAAACACACAAAUCAGAGGAAACUUUCUUAAUAGGUUCAACAUCAGUGAUAAUAAUAAAUGGAGAAAAACUUGUACUAGCCAACAUAGGAGAUUACAGAACUGUUUUGUGCAAAGAUGGUGUAGCUUAUCAGACACAUGGAAGAUACAACCAAUCCGGCAAGAAACAUUGGUACCACAGACUCUUUUCAGGUGGUAAUGCAACUGCUACAAAGUAUUCUAAAGCUUCAGAACUAGUGGUUGGAGGUUACUAUCGGAUCGACUCGUAUAUUGAGUUUGUGAUUUUAGCAAGCAAUGGAAUAUGGGAGGUGAUGAAGAACCAAGAGGCAGUGAAUCUUAUCAGGCACAUAGAGGAUCCACAAGAAGCAGCUGAGUGUCUGGCUAAGGAAGCAUUGGUUAGGAGGAGCAAAGGCAACAUUUCAUGUUUAAUCAUUCGAUUCGAUUGAUUCAUCACCGUAUAUUAGUAUAUGCUAAUACUUAGCUGAAUAGUUGAGUGCCAGAAUAGUUAGCAAAAAAAAAUUGUAUACCAAAGUUUCUUAUAGAAAUCUCCCUGAUACAGCCUUGAAAAUUUUGUUUCGUAGUCGAGUAGAUUCAUGGAGUAUAUUUGUGGCAUAUUAAUUUUGUUAGGAAUUUUUAUAUGUAAUUUGAUUAUCUUUCUGUGAAGCAUGCUUGCAAUUUGAACUGGGAGGAACACAUUGACCUCAACGCAGUCAUACAAGAGCUCGACCUAAUUCAACUUUCUAUACAAAAUAUAGGACAUAAACAAUAUAUUAAAUCACUAAUUUUCUUGCAAAUCAACCGCGUUAGUCAAAUUCAUGUUGAUUCAUAUGCUUCUUGUAUGAUAUUUCACUCUAAGUUACCUCAUUGGGGUCACUAGUUCACCCGUAG